ACGAUAUUCCACGAUAUCACAAUUUGCAAAGGAAAACAAUCGUAUAAUUUCAUGCCCUUAAACACAUUUUCGAGUAUUACAGCACAUUUUUUUCCACAAAAUGAGUUUGAAAUCUGUGACAUCACUUUUCACUGGUGGGGGUUAGGCAUAGAGGAAAGUGAUUAACGGCUGGUAUAAAGCAGAAGUUGUCUCAGUCCUGUAGUCAUGGAAACCGUAGACUACAGCCAGACAGCAGAGGAUCAUCAGAGCUUCCUGGUUCUCAUUAGACCUACAGGAAAGUUGCUGACGUGGAAACAUUUCUCAAGAUGCUGGGAUAGAAUUUGUCAGUUAGAUUGUGUCGCAGUUCCAGGCCAGAAGCGGGACAUGUAUAUACGUUACAAACGGGCUUACUCCAAAGAUAACAAUGAAUGGGGUGAUUUUCAGGCACAUCGGAAAGCCUUGGGAUUAAUUUCUAUAGGGAGAUGCUCAACGGAGUCAGAGUUUGAUGAAUUGUUUGAAAGCUAUAAGAAAGAAAAGGAGCAUUACUCGGAAACACUGUAUAAUUCCAGACUGAUUGUUUUUGGUAUGAAUACAGAUGGUAGUGAAAUAAAUGAAGAGCAACAAAAAUCAUUCAUGCAGUCCAUGGACAGUGUUGUGAGAUCUAGAAACCAGCUAAUUACUCAGUCUUUCAAACAGUUAAAUACAUACUUUAACCGCCGUACUAAUACAAGCGGACCGCCUCUUGCUGUGCAUAGGGUCAAGGUCACAUUUACUGAUGAGCCCGGAGAGGGAAGCGGAGUGGCCCGGAGUUUCUAUACUGCCUUAGCUAAUGCGGUGCUGUCACAAGAAAAGUUACCUCCCCUUGAGAGUAUAAUGGUUGGCAGCAAAAGUUUACAAUACAAUCUAAUCCAGCGAUUGAGAACGAGGGAGAGAGAACGUGAACGUGAGCGAGAAAGACAACGCACGUCUUCAUCCCAGAGACGCAGUAGUAGAGAACGUGACUCUAGACGCACUCUUUCAUACGAUGCACCACCAUUUUACAUGCCAUCUGAUGCAAAUCCAAACCCUUCCAGCAAUCCGGAGCCGCCACCAGAGGGCAGCAGUGAUACAAUGACACAAUAUAGGCGGCAGCUUGGCGAGAGGUUGUUCCCCAGAGUCAGAGCACUCCAACCGGCAUUGGCUCCAAAGAUAACUGGAAUGUUAUUAGAGUUGUCCCCGGCUCAGUUGUUGGUGAUGUUAACAUCGGAGGAAACAUUGAGACAACGUGUAGAUGAAGCUGUAGACAUCUGCAUGUCUCAUAAUACCAGGGAGCAAAGAGAACUGAAUGCAGAAGCAUUGUUAGAUCUCGACAUUUUCAACCUGUCUUCAACUGGAACCAAUUCUGGAAAGAAAAAGAAACCAGCUUCACAGACUGACAGACGUAGUGACAUUGAAGACGAUGAUGAUCUUGAAGAUAAUGCUCCGUUAUUCUGGCAGCCAGGAAAACGAGGAUAUUACACUUUACGUCCCGGGAAGGGGUCUCCGGAAAGAUUAAAUGCAUUUAGGAAUGUUGGAAGGAUUUUAGGAUUAUGUCUUCUACAAAACGAGAUGUGUCCAUUGUUUCUUAAUCGUCAUGUGCUGAAAUACAUUCUUGGGAGGAAAAUCGGCUGGCAUGAUUUGGCAUUCUUUGAUCCUGUGAUGUAUGAAAGUUUACGGCAACUUGUUCUAGAUUCAGAGACGAAAGAUGCUUCCCUUAUGUUCCAGGCACUAGACAUGAACUUCUGUGUGGAACUUUGUGCAGAAGAGGGUGGUGAACAAGUAGAGUUAGUACCUGGUGGGACAGAUAUAGAGGUCACAGCUCAGAAUGUACAUGAUUAUGUACGUAGAUAUGCUGAAUAUAGGAUGGUCAAAGUGGCUGAAAAAGCUCUCAAGAGGUUAAGAAUGGGAGUAUUUGAUGUCAUACCGUCCAAUUCAUUAGAAGGCUUGACAUCUGAAGAUCUGAGACUACUGUUAAAUGGUGUAGGCACCAUCAAUGUACAGACACUCAUCAGCUACACAUCUUUUAAUGAUGAAAGUAGUGAGAGUAAUGAGAAGGUACAGAGAUUCAAGCGCUGGUUCUGGUCUGUGGUGGAAAAAAUGAACAACCAGGAGAGGCAGGACUUGGUAUAUUUCUGGACAUCUAGUCCUGCAUUACCCGCCAGUGAGGAGGGCUUUCAGCCGAUGCCUAGCAUCACGAUACGUCCAGCUGACGACGAUCAUCUACCGACAGCCAAUACAUGUAUAUCUAGACUGUAUAUCCCAAUUUAUACCACAAAGCAAAUACUGAAAACUAAACUACUGUUAGCCAUCAAGACAAAAGCAUUUGGAUUUGUUUAAUGUUGACAUAACCUAGUGCUAUUUUAUUUAAUAAAGACUGUGUUCCAAUACAGAAAAUGAAAGAAAGAUUGAGGGAGAGAAAUAGAAAAAAAGUGAUAGUUUCCUAGACGGCUGCAUUAAGUUUGCCAUUCUUUAGUCUUGAAUUGUCAUAGUGCGGUUGUAUGGAACUUCAACAGCAGAUUAUAUUACGAAGAGAAAAAAUAUACAAAUAAUUCAUUUGAGGAAUGAAUAUCAUUUCACAUUAUUCACAUCAAUAUUUUUGUGGGGUCUUACUCCACCAUUAAAGUUGGAAUGUCGCCAUAUGACCUAAAAUUGUAUUGGUUCGACGUGAAACCCAACAAAAGUAUUUUUUUGAAUUGUCAUACAAUUCAGUAAGAGAGUUUGGAUUUGCUAUUUAUAUUUUGGAAGUUAUCAUUUGAAUGUGAUACUAAGGUUAACACCUAGCAUAUGAUAAUAGAAUUCCAUAUUUUGUGACAUUUAGGUUAACACCUAGCAUAAUGAUAUGAGAAUUUGUAUUUUGUGACAUUUUGGAUUUACAUCUAGCCUCUUAUACAAAAUUUUAUGGAAUUUCAGUUAACACCUAGCAUAUGAUAAUAGAAUUCCAUAUUUUUUGACAUUUAGGUUAACACCUAGCAUAAUGAUAUGAGAAUUUGUAUUUUGUGACAUUUUUGAUUUACAUCUAGCCUAUUAUACAAAAUUGUUUUUAUGGAAUUUCAGUUAACACCUAGCAUAUGAUAUGAGUGUUUUGUAUUUUGUGACAUUUAGGUUAACUUCGUGACAUUUAGGUGAACACCUAGCAUAUGAAUUCUGUGUUUUGUAACCUUUAGGUUUUGUGAGGAAAAUGCUUCUUCAAAACAGCUGGUUGUGGUACAGUGAAUAAAUUUACAUAAUAAAAGAACGUGAUUAAUGAAAUUUCAUAGGAGUAGAAAUUUCAGAUUUAUUUUAUGGGAAAUUAUUUCGUAUUCAUAGGGCAGUGUAAAGAAAGGCUGUGUAAACUCUGUAUUUAGAACACAAGAAUAUUUUCAGCUUUCCUGAAGCAGACUGAAAAGUAUUUGAUAGAGCAAACAUUAAGGUUUUAAAAUAUUUUCAUUUAUGCUACAAAGUACAUGUAAAAGUUUUAGCUUAUGUGUUGUUUAUGGUUUUAAGAUGCAUAGAUGGGGGAUCUGGUGCUCUAGUUUUUGUGGGACAUUGAAUGAGGGGCGCCUUAACAGUUUUUAUUAAGUUUUUAGAUAGUGUCAUAAAAUUAUCUUGAAAUGACAAAACUUUCUCCAAGAGGAGAAGUUAAAUAGUUUCCCAGUAAAAGAAUACUGACUAAAAAUUCUUGUUAAAUUUCUUGUCUGCAGGAUUUCUGAAUGAUUGUUUAUUUUGAGACUGCUACAGAAAGUAGUAGUGUUUCUGUUUUUAAUAGACAUGCAUUUAUUCACUUUGUUAAAAUAUGCACAUCUCAUUUUCUCAGAUUUUCAAUUUCAGCAUUCAAAGCUGAAUAAAGCAUGACUUUUGAACUCCUCCUGUUCACAGCUGUAUUAAUUAUGACGCAUAUUCACAGCUGCAUAAGUAAUGAGUUUUGUUCUUCUCAUACCGACAGCUGUAUAAAUUAAGAGUUUAUUUGAGAUUAUCAAAGAAGUACUUUGAUAUCAUAUGACAUUUUCUGAGAAGUUGGUUCACUGUCAUUAUUCAAGGCAACAUUUUUAGGAACAGUUAGGGUAUAUCACCUUUAAGAAACAUGUACAUGAUAAUUUAGAUAUACUUUACAUUACAUCAAACACUCUUCAGUGAUAACUCAAUAUGUUACAUCAAACACUCCAGUGGUAACUCCAUAUGUUACAUCAAACACUCUGCAGUGGUAACUCCAUAUGUUACAUCAAACACUUUCCAGUGAUAAUUUCAUAUGUAUCAUCAAACACUCCAGUGGUAACUCCAUACGUUACAUCAAACACUCCAGUGGUAACUCCAUAUGUUACAUCAAACACUCUCCGGUGAUAACUUCAUAUGUAUCAUCAAACACUCAAGUGAUAACUCCAUAUGUUACAUCAAACACUCUCCAGUGAUAACUCAAUAUGUUAAUCAAACACUCUGCAGUGGUAACUCCAUAUGUUACAUCAAACACUCUCCAGUGAUAACUUCAUAUGUUACGUCAUACACUCUCCAACAUUACAUCAAACACUCCAGUGAUAACUUGAUGAAAAUUGGACCAGUGGAUGAUAAAACAUACAAGUGUCGCAUUGACAUCAACAUGUCUAAUAACAAUAUCUUAAGCUAUUAUGUAAACAUAAUAUAAAUGCAGUGGCUGGCUUUAUAGGCCAAAAUAUUCAACCGGAUGUUUGCACUCAUAAAUAUGAUCCAGUUGCCUAAAUGAAUGAAAAUAAAACAUAUCAUGGGUUUUCAACUGUUGAAAAGAAAAAUUGAUUACCAUGUUCAUGUCUUUAUCAAAUAUUGAAAAUAUCUUGUUUGCAUUAAUGUGCUUUUUUUGUGAAAAACAGUAAAUUGUUAGAAGACAGUAUAUUGUUAAAUACUCCAUAUUGGAGAUACAAAAACGUCUUGCAUGAAAGAUUUUAGGUUAGAAUACAAGUACAAGAACUUUUUACUUGAUUUGUUUGUAAAUGUAAGAAUGUUUGGACAAUUUUCUAUGGAUAUGCUUUUAUCAGUGUGUAUCGUUUAAUCAAAGGGCAUUGAAUCAGAUGAAUGUUUUGUUUUUUGGAUGUAUAAAUGUGGAUGCAGUUUAAGAUAUCAUUGGGGAUUGUUCCAAAACAGACGGGGUCUGUUAGAAUGGUAGUGAUAUUUUGUUGUAAAACUGUGAAGAUAUGAUUUUGUAAAUCUGUAAUUUGUGGUAAAAAUGACAAAAUAAAAACCAGAAUGCA